GUUAUAUAUAUUUUUUUAUUGAUCUAUCUUUAAAAAGAUUAUCUUUUUCUAUUUUUUGUAAUUUUUUAAUUUCAAAAUUCUAUAUGAUUAUAAAAUUAAAAGACGUUUUUGUUAGAGUUUGUGACCCAAAUUCUGUUGAUUUGGCCCUGAAAAGUUUGCGGUGCGACUCAUAUUUGUGAUUUUUCAUGGAGUCUGUGGUGAUAGCGUAGGGAUCGGGCCAAUAAGCCUGAUCCAAGAGCCCGGGGUGCAGGGUUGAAGCCCCCGCGAUAUGAACUUAUGUUUUUGGACCUAGAAUUUAUUUGUACGCAUAUAUUAUAUAAGUGCAUUUAGUGGGUCGUUUUGGAUAAAAAAAAAUUACGUCAUUGAGACUACGUUUCCAACCUUGUACUCUUUUCCUUCACAGUGAAUUUCCUCUGCCUCUGCCUGCGGUUUUUUCCGCAAGGAUUUUCACGUCAAUCUGUGUGUUCUUCUUGUCAUGCUUUUGCUUGUGGUUUGCUUCAUACUGUCCGAUUUAUAACAAUUUUGAUGCAUUAUACACAAUCUUUAAUUUGAGACAACAAAAUUUAAAAAGGUCUCUUAUUUUUUAAAAUUUGAUGUGAUCUAAACAAACUAGACACUAAAUUAAAAGGGACAGAUCGGAAUUUGCAUUAUCAAUGUCUUUUAACUUGUUAUCAUAGGUAGCUUAUUUUAACUUUCUGUUAUUAAUCUCACAAUUUAUCUUCAAGAUGUCUUGAUAGUGUUAGUUAUUUUUUCUAUUAGUGUAUAGAUAUUAAUUAAGCUCUCUUAAAGAUUAGCAUAUAUUACCGAUAUUGAUAAUAUAAAUAACUUUUGUAUUAUUAAGUCACAUUAACCUCUUUUAGUAGGUAAAUUUGUUUUAUUUUCAAUUUUAAAUCUCAUUUUUUUUUAAACAAAAGAGCUAGUUAUCCUGUUGGAUUAUGCUAAAUAUGUUAUUACUAUGUGUAUGUGUAAAAAGGAAAAAAAGGAUAAUUCGGUGUGCUAAAAAUUUCGCUAUAUAUGCGCGGGAUCUAGAAAAGGACCGCACUACAAGGAUCUAUUGUACACAGUCUUACAUCGUAUUUCUGCCAGAGGUUGAUUCCUCGUACGACUUGAACCCAUGUCCUCCUUAUGAAAUGACGCAUAUAUAGUCAACCCUACCCUUUGUCCCCUCCACUACACCAAGUGAAAACCAAAAGCAUAUGCCUCUUGAUCAUGAGACUUGUGCUCACGAAUGGAUGUGAAUGAUGAGAAAUCAAGAAGACUAGAGAGUAAUACAAAGUUGAAGAAAAUCAAGAAUGGAUCAGAUGGACUCAUGCGUACCUCCAGGGUUUAGAUUUCAUCCAACAGAGGAAGAACUUGUUGGAUAUUAUCUCAAGAGAAAGAUUAAUUCCCUCAAGAUUGAUCUUGAUGUCAUCACUGAUAUUGAUCUCUAUAGAAUCGAGCCAUGGGACAUCCAAGAUAGGUGUAAAUUGGGAUAUGAAGAACAAAAUGAGUGGUAUUUUUUCAGCCACAAGGACAGGAAAUACCCUACUGGAACAAGGACAAAUAGAGCCACAGCAGCUGGAUUCUGGAAGGCAACAGGAAGAGAUAAAGCUGUUUUAUCAAAGGAGAAAAUGAUAGGGAUGAGGAAAACAUUAGUUUUCUAUAAAGGAAGAGCUCCUAAUGGAAGGAAAACUGAUUGGAUAAUGCAUGAAUACAGGCUCCAAUCCACUGAACUUGCUCCUCCUCAGGAAGAAGGAUGGGUGGUAUGUAGGGCAUUCAAGAAACCAAGUCCAAACAAGCAACCAAGUUUAGAAGCAUGGCAAAAUGCUUAUUAUUUUAGAGGAGGCAAUUACACAACUUAUAGACCUACUUCAUCAUCAUUAUCAGAAAUCACAAGUACUCCACCAAUGCAUCAUCAACCUCUCAAUAAUACUAAUGCAUUCAACCAACCAACAAAUUUCCAUCAAUUCACAUUCAAUCCAUCUCAUGAUCAUCAAAAUAUGAUCAUUAAUAAUUCAAGCCACAAUUUCUUUGAGAAUCAACUAGUUGAACUCCCACAACUUGAUAGCCCUACUACCAUUUCAACAACUUUCUGUACAAAAGAUACAAGCUUUGGUGAGCAGAGUUACACAGAUAACAACAAUGAAGACGAUCGCGAUGAAGAGAAGCAUAGUAAUGGGAUUAAUAAUAGCCAAUUUUAUGGUGAUUGGAAGAACUUUGACACAUUGGUUGAGCCACCUUCUCAUAUAAGCCAUUUGCUUGAGUGCUUCCCAGAUUUGUAGCUUCCAAGAAGAUGGUAUAUAUUAUGAAAAUCUUUUAAAGAAUAGUAGAAUUUUUUCUAUUUUGGUUUCUAGUAAAAAACUUCAAGGGAAAAAUGAAAGGGUAAAGGAAAAAAUGUGGAAGGAAAAAAGGCAGCUGCAAGGCAUAUGGCCUUAUGUAUUAGAAUUCAAUUGUUUGUCUUUCAUUUAACUGUUUAAAGAUGUUAACUGUGAAUUGCUGUUAUUAUGUAUCCACUAAUCAAAGAAGCUUUUUUUUUUUUU